CUUUCCAAAACAGCUACCAGUCAUGGACUUCGUCCUCGACAUCGCUGACACCUACCUCCUCGACAGCGUAUACGCACGCGUCCUCCCCGCCGCUAAGCCAUGGGAGGUCGCCUCAACUUCCUUCAGCUCCGCCGCUUCCGCCGCGUACGCUAAUGCAACCGCAAUACCCAUGGUCCUCGAGUCCGCUUGGGCUAGGGACUACGUUCCCCGCCAGAUAGUAUCACUCAGCGUCAUCACCCUCAUCGGCAUCCACGUGCUCUACUUCAUCUUCGCCGGCCUCUCCUACCAGUACAUCUUCAACCACGAGAUGAUGCAGCAUCCCCGUUUCCUACCCAACCAGGUCAAGCUCGAGAUACAAUGCAGCCUGCGCGCCUUCCCCGGCAUGACAGUCCUCACCCUGCCAUGGUUCCAGGCGGAGGUCAUGGGCUAUUCGAAACUGUAUGACAACGUCGACGACUACGGCUGGGCGUACUUGUUCUUGUCGGUACCCUUCUUCCUGCUCUUCACGGACUACGGCAUUUACUGGGUCCACCGGCUGCUGCACCACCCCGUCAUCUACAAGUACAUUCACAAACCGCAUCACAAGUGGCUCAUACCCACCCCGUUCGCCUCUCACGCGUUCCACCCCAUGGACGGAUACCUCCAAUCUGUCCCAUACCACCUCUUCAUCUUCUGCUUCCCCCUCCAGCGGUAUCUUUACCUCGGCCUCUUCGUCUUCGUCAACUUCUGGAGCAUCCUUAUCCAUGACUCAGACAUGAUCACCGGACACGCUCUCGAGAAGGUCAUCAACGGACCCGCACAUCACACGCUCCACCACCUCUACUUCACCGUCAACUACGGCCAGUACUUCACCUGGGCAGACCGCGUCGGCGGCUCAUACCGUCAGCCCGAAGCUAGCCUCGACCCCGCACUCGACCUCAAAAAGCACUCAUAGCUGUUUUUAUUUCUUGCACCGCCUCAUGAAGGCGGGUGUCAAAUCAGGGGAACAUAGAGUAUUUUUGUGAAGUCAUGUCCAGCUACGAUGUUAAUAUCUCAUUUCUCAUGGAACAUACCGGAGUUUACCUACU